GUUGUUGUCGCUGUUCUUCUUCGUGGCAGGAGGAGUCUGUUGCUUAGUGCCACGUUGAUGGAGACCAGUGGGGACGUGGAAAUCUGUCUCACCGGGACCCGGUAGCCUCUCCUCUUCUUCUCCUUCUCCUUCUCCUGUUUCCACAGCCGGUAAUCCUCACAGAGAAGACCCGGACGGAGGAAGACCUGCUCGGGUUGGAGGCUCCGUCAGUCAGUUUGUCCCCGCGUUCAUGUGAAGCAGACAGACAGAGGAAGGAUGAAACUCAAAGAGAUCAAACGCACGGCCAUCCAGAGCUGGAGUCCUGCACAGCACCACCCAAUCUACCUGGCAACAGGAACGUCAGCCCAGCAGCUCGAUGCCUCCUUCAGCACCAACGCCUCGCUGGAGUUUUUCGAGCUGGACUUGACUGAACCGUCUCUGGACAUGAAGUCAUGCGGCAGCUUCUCCUCCGCUCACAGAUACCACAAACUGGUCUGGGGUCCGUAUGGCAUGGACGACGAGAGUCGCCCGUCCGGCGUUCUCAUCGCGGGAGGCGAGAACGGCAACGUCAUCCUGUACGACCCCGCGAAGAUCAUGGCGGGAGAGAGCGACGUGAUCAUCGCAGAGAGCGACAGGCACUCGGGUCCAGUGAGGGCUCUGGACGUCAACCCGUUUCAGACGAACCUGGUUGCAUCAGGCGGGAACGAGUCUGAGAUCUACAUCUGGGACAUGAAUAACUUCAGCUCUCCCAUGACACCUGGACCUAAAACUCAGCCUCAGGAGGACAUCAGCUGCGUGUCGUGGAACAGACAGGUCCAACACAUCCUCGCCUCCGCCAGCCCGAGCGGCCGAGCCUCGGUGUGGGAUCUCCGCAAGAAUGACCUCAUUAUUAAAGUCAGCGACCACAGCAACCGAAUGCAUUGUUCUGGGCUCGCCUGGAACCCGGAGGUGGCCACUCAGCUGGUCUUGGCCUCCGAGGACGACCGGAUGCCGGUCAUCCAGAUGUGGGAUCUACGUUUCGCUACCUCUCCUCUCAAGAUUUUUGAGAAUCAUACACGCGGCGUUCUGGCCAUCGCCUGGAGUUUGGCUGAUCCCGAGCUGCUGCUGAGCUGUGGGAAGGACAGCAGGAUCCUGUGCUGGAAUCCAAACACAGGAGAGGUUCUGUACGAGCUGCCCACCAGCAGCCAGUGGUGCUUCGACAUCCAGUGGUGCCCCAGGAACCCCGCGGUGCUGUCGGCCGCCGGCUUCGACGGACACAUCGACAUCUACUCCAUCAUGGGGGGCAGCAACCAGGCGCAGAGCCAGAGACACGCUGACCAGAUCAGUAACUCGUUCGGGAACAUGGAUCCUUUCGGGACGGGACAAAGUUUACCUCCGCUGCAGCUGCCGCAGACCGCCGCUCCUUCGACCACGGUCACCCCCCUGAAGAAGCCGCCGAAGUGGAUCCGCAGACCCGUCGGAGCCUCGUUCGCUUUUGGUGGGAAGCUGGUGUCCUUGGAGAACGCGAAGCCGAACCCUCAGCAGCCUCAGCAGCCCACCGCACACGUUGUACAUAUCAGUCAGGUUGUUACGGAAACGGCCUUUUUGAAGCGCUCCGAUCAGCUGCAGGCGACGCUGAGCUCGGGCAGCUUCGUGGACUUCUGCCAGGAGAAGAUCGACGCGGCUGAGAACGAGUUUGAGAAGACUCUGUGGUCUUUCCUCAAGGCUAAUUUCGAAAGCGAUAUCCGCAGCAAGUACCUUGAACUUCUGGGGUACAACAAAGAGGAGCUCGCCUUAAAGAUUUCAGCAGCACUCGAGGAAAAACCAGCCGAGCCUCCACAGGUGGAGGUUCCCGCUCCAGCCGCCCCGCAGCCUUUACCGGACCUCAGCCUGGUGCCGCCUGCUGACACUCCCGAGGCAGCGUUCGACAUGAUCGCUGCAGCAAACCUUCAGCCAGAAGCCACACUCGAACUCGACUCCACUCCUGACCAAGAGGCCGAAGAGCCGCCGGCAGCAGAAGAAGAGCCGGAGGACGCUCCAACCGGCGAACCGGAAGAAGACCCGGACCUGGUUCUGACAGAUGAGGAAGCAGAGGGGGAGGAGAUCCCACUGGAGGAGGAGACAGCAGCACCAGUGGAGGAGGAGGAGGAGGAGGAGGAGGAGCCCAGUCCUGCUGAGACCUCGGCUCCAGUUGAGGAGCCCAUCGAUGCUCCCGGUCUGACUCCAGCUCCGGCUCCAGCUCCGGCUCCGACCCCCACAGGAGUCAGUCUGAGCAUCAGUCAAGACGUGGACGGGCUGAUCACGCAGGCGCUGCUGACCGGAGACUUCGAAGGAGCCGUGGAGCUCUGUCUCCGUGACAACCGCAUGGCAGACAGCAUCAUCCUGGCGAUCGCGGGAGGGGCCGAGCUGCUGGAGAAAACCCAGAAGAAGUAUUUCACAAAAACACACAGCAAGAUAACCAAGCUGAUCAGCGCCGUGGUGAUGAAAGACUGGCACGACAUCCUGAAGACGUGUGACCUGCAGAACUGGAAGGAGGCUCUGGCUGCCGUCAUGACCUACGCUCAGCCCGAGGAGUUCUCCUCCCUCUGUGAUCUUCUCGGAGCCAGGCUGGAGGCAGCAGACGACCCCCGACUGCAAGCUCAGGCCUGUCUGUGCUACAUCUGUGCUGGAAACGUGGAGAAACUCGUAGCCUGCUGGACCAGAGCGCAGGACGGACACUGUCCACUGUCUCUGCAGGACCUGGUGGAGAAGGUGGUGGUGUUGCGGCGUGCGGUGGAGCAGACCCAGCGCUCCGGCCCGGCUGCUAUCGGCAUCCUGCUGGCCGAGAAGAUGAGUCAGUACGCCAACCUGCUCGCCUCCCAGGGCAGUCUGUCCACCGCCAUCACCUACCUGCCCGACAACACCAACCAGGUUGCCGUACAGCAGCUUCGCGAUCGUCUCAGUCGGGCUCUCGGCCAGCAGGCGGCGGCUCCUGCAGCUCCGGCACAAACCCACAGAGCUCACCCUCAUCAGCUGCCGACUGCUCCGACUCAGGCCGUGCCCCGCCACCCGUUCCCCCCGAUGCAGCCCGCCAUGGUGCCUCAGCCCCCUGCAGCAGCUCCAGUACCCAUGGCUACACCUUCUGCCCCCGCCCAACCACAGCCGCAGUAUUACCAGCCAGUGAGGGCUGCCUCCACUGUCACCUCCUGGAGUAACCAAACUCCCACAGCCCUCCCCAAUGUCCCUCCUCCUCCUCUUCAAGUAGGCAGCGCCUCCGAGCAGCAGGUGGAGCCUCCAAACCCGAUGUACUGCAUGCUGCCCUCCGGCUCCGCUGCUGCACCUCCACCCUCCUCCACUCCUGCAUACAUGUUCUCCCACCAGUACCAGCCCUACCCCCAGGUCAGCCAGUACCCACCUGGAGCUGGCGGGGUGUCUAUCUAUCAGCCUCUUCAGUACUCCUCUGCUGGUCCUCCUGCAGAGCCUCCUGGCUUCCUCUCUCAGUACACACAGCCCAUCUCCUCUCCGGUCUAUCCCGGACAACCUCCCAUCAGCCAGUGCCUGUCCUCCUCUCCUCCCUCCCAUCCUCAUUUCUUUCCGACCUCCUCCUCCUCUGCCUCCUCGGCCUCCUCCUCCUUUUCUGCUCCUCCGUCCUCCGGAGCGUCUUUCCAGCAUGGCGGUCCGGGAUCUCCGGUGUCGUACAUGCCGCCUCCUCCUCCACUGUGCGGAGUCUCAGGUACACAGCUUGACCCCGACCCCGGGCUGAUCCCCGCCUCUCAGAGAACAGGACCUCAGAACGGCUGGAACGACCCUCCGGCCCUGAGCAGAGCUACGAAGAAGAAGCCGACUCGAGAGAACUACACCCCUCCCGCCCCCAUCACUGCUCCCAUCAUGGCUCCACUGGGUGUCGACCCUCAGGCUCAGCCGGUGUCUUCCGGGGCUCCUCAAGCCAUGAUCCAGGGCCCACACGGAGCCCAGGUCCCCUACUCAGGCAUGCAGCAGCACCAACAGCAGCAGCAGCAGCAGUUCUCCGCUCCACCCAUGAACCCCGCGAUGCCCAAGACCAGUAUGGAGGGCGCACCGGGAGCACCGACUGGAGAUGUUAUCCAGCCUCUUCAGUCCAUCCCGGCUGAGAAGAUCACGAAGAAGCCGAUCCCCGACGAGCACCUCGUCCUGAAGACCACGUUUGAGGGUCUGAUCCAGAAGUGUUUGGCUGUUGCCACCGACCCGCAAACGAAGAGGAAGCUCGACGAAGCCAACAAACGUCUGGAGGCGCUUUACGACAAACUGAGAGAGCAGACGCUCUCUCCCGCCAUCAUCGGAGGCCUCCACAACAUCGCCCGGAGUAUAGAGUCCAGGUCCUACACGGAGGGCCUCAACAUCCACACCCACAUAGUCAGCAACAGCAACUUCAGCGAGACGUCGGCGUUCAUGCCCGUCCUCAAAGUCGUGCUGACGCAGGCAAACAAACUCGGAGUCUGAUCGGGGGACUGUGGAGGGUACCGACCGGUCCGACGGGGUCGAGCUUCACAGGGAGAAAUGAUUUGAGAUGUACGAAAAUCACGUUUUAUUUCUUCUACGUGCCAUUUCAUGUUUUCUGACGCAACUCAAACACAAGCCAUGCUUAACGGUCGCACUCAGUGGUGAGAGGCGGAUUCAUUCCACGUAAUCUACCGAGGUCAGCGCCGCGUUUGGUCGUUUUAUUUUCAGGAACGGGUUUAAAAAAAAACAAAAUUUUUAUUUACGUUUUUAAAGAACGAACAUUUUUAUUAAAAACCCCCAAAAAACAGGUCAAACCAGCCGUCGCUUUAAUUUUUGAGGUGCGUUUAUGUGCGUUGUAAAGGUACGGGAGCCUGGAGCGGCCAAAAAGGACAAAUAAAACAACAAUAAUGAUAAUUUGAUUUGGAGAAAUGCUCGUCUGCUGAUACAGUUGCGAUAUCCGGGGUGCCGAUUCAAUCUUAAUUGUGAUUAUUUACUUUUUUAACACUAAAAACUGUUUUACUUUAACAGCAUUGUCAAUAUUCUGCAUAUACAUCUACAUACAUGUAUACACGCAGUAUAUGUGUGGCCCUCUCCUCUCCUUUGACUUGUGACCCUUUGAGGUUGCCGUAGCGCGUCACUGUCUGAGCGUCAAAGGAAACACGAGCACGUGUUGUUUUUAUUGUGACUAAGCGUUACUUUCUAUAUAGGAAUCAAGAAAAGGGAUUAAAACUGUAAAUAAAGAUUCAAAAAUUAUAAAUAAAAUGAAUCAUGUUUCACCUACAUUAUGCGACACGUGAUGUUUUAAUGAAGUCUUGUUAAUUGUGAAGUUCUAAUUUGAUAAAAUUGUGAAGAGAAUCAUCUCAAAUCGUCCUUCGUGUCCUCACGAUGACACGAUGACACCGACCAGGUGACAUUUGGAGCUGACUUACCUUUUUAAUUUUCACACACGACGGCUCACCUGCAGCGAGAUUUCUGUUUCUUUUAGGUUCCUUAGACAGUUUAUCUCUGGCUGAAUCCAUGACCAACGACCACCUCGCUCUAAAAAAUAAAAUCUUCCUCGCACAUUUUUGAUUUUUGCAAAAUAAAACUCAAACAUCUGCUUGUUUUUUUGUUUUUUUGGCUUCUGAACGACCAAACGAUGCUCUGACCCAACAACGAGCUACACUAAACAUUUGGUUUGAAUUUAAUUUAACACGUAUCGAAUCUCCAAACUGGGAAUCAAAAUUUAAAGAAGGGAAAGUUUCAGCACGUUAAAUCAGCAGAAGAUUCGGGGAAUUUUAAUAAUGGCAUUAAUAAGGGCAUUUUUAACUACGUUUGUUGAAAUGAUCAAAAAAUAAACUUAAUAAAUAAAUUAGGUUUUGACAGCAGCAUGCUUUGCCAGCAAUCAUUUAAGAAAUAUCACUAAUCUUUAACGUCUUUCUGCGCUACAACAGACACGUUGUCGUCCAUAAAUAUGUAGAAUUUUCUCCUAAAAGUAAAAAUCUGGCUUCAUCUUGACGUAGAAAUGCAUCGUCGCCUGCAUGAAGACGAAGUUUUAAAACCUUCCUGCUUUCACCACUGGUGUCACUACGUACAACACAUUGGACCAAGACGUUGUCGGUGUGCGGGAUCUGUCGAUGCAAAGCAAUGCAAUCCCAUGUUGUUGUUGUUUUUAUUGUUGUUUUUAAAUGUUUCAGUUCAUUUUAUUUGUUUCGUUCUUUGUUCUUCAGUGUAAUCACGAGGCUCAGCAGAGUGCAAUGGACUUUAAAUAAAAAAAGAGAGAGAGACUGUGCUUUUAUGAAAUUUUAAAGUAUGCAUGCUUAAAACAAAACAAAAACGCUCUAUGUCUUCUUCUUUAACGGCAUUCGAGGUUAAUUACCUGCUAAUUAAUCAGACCUCAGAAGGAAACUGGAGGGAGACUUGUACUUGAUUUUCAUUCCAACUAUGAUGAGGGCUGUCGUCUGAGCGGUCGACCUCAGUUUAUGUUGUUAAUAAAAGGAAAACAAGUCUUUGUUUUAGAUUGACUACAUGCAAUAUUUUCAAUAAAUAGUAUUUAUUUACAAUA